AUGAGGUUUAUGGCGGAAGGACAGAAACGAAGGCUGGAUGCUUCGGAAUUGUAUAGGUUGAGGAAGAAGGUGAAGAAACUGGAGCAGGUGUGUUCUGAGUAUGCCUCACGCCAGGCGGUUGCUACUCGGGAAGUAGCGUGUCAGACGACUCCGGAAACUCGAGAUGUCAGAUUGGAAACGACGCAGCAAAGAAAAAUCUUGCGAGUUUAUAGGAUCCCGGGAAAACUAGUGGUAAGAAAAGAGGCACUGGAAUUUAGUUCACCAGUGUAA